AUGGACGGCUCUUGUUCGCCCACCGAUGCUCUGCAAGCCGCAUGCGUCUCUCCCAAGCAUCCCAACGGCCCACUCCUUCCGCAUUCUCCUCGCGCGAACACCGCCGUGCGGCCAUGCCCUCCAGCACCUGGGGCGCGCUCCCCUAGGCGGAACGCACCACCAGAGUGUGCGCAAGCGCACGCGGAGGGAGGCUCUGUGCGAUCACCUAGAUUCGCCGGGAGUGACGUGUCGACUGCAGCAGCUAGCUGCCCUCCUCUCUCCCCCUCCACCCCGAGAACUCCCCCCCGCAACUGCGCCCGCCGACACAGCUUUUCCACAGCCUCGCCCCCCAUUCCCGCAGCCCUUAGUUCCGCCGCCGGCACCCAACGUACUAGCAGCGCCAAUCCCCCCUCCGCGAGUGCGUCGCCCCGCGCUACUAGAGAGCGCCGUCUAAGCGAGGGCGGGCGGGAGGAACGGCGCGAGUGGGGCAUUCAAAGGGCGCAAGAGAGGCAAGCGGGGCAAGCGGAGGGGUCGGCUGGGGCGGGUGAACGACAUAGCGCUCCGCCAUCCGCCGCUCCGCGCGCGUCUCCGCGUGUCUCUCCGCGCGCGUCUCCGCUCGCCUCUCCGCGCGCCUCUCCGCACUCCCUAUCAUCCGCCUCUCCGCCUCCCGCUUCUCCGCCACGCGCCACUCCGCCGCCGUCCGCCUCUCCGUCUUCCCCGCGCCCUCCCAAUAGCUACAUGCACUCCUUUUCCCUGCCACCGAAUGCGCAGUCCCCACCCGUUCCCGCGCGCUCGUCGCCCCCCACCCAACCUGCGCCAACACCGCCACCCCCCGCGCGUGUUCCGCCUGCAUCUCUCCCUUAUUCCCCGCCCGCAGCAGCAGCUCCGCCUCCCGCGCAGGCCAGCAGCGCCGCGCACAGUGCCCCACGCGGCGCGGAACGGGGCAGAGGGCCGGCAGCAGCUGUCGGGUCUAGAGCGAGGACGCACGCGACUGGCGAGCGUGCUGCUGCCACUGGUGCUGCCGCUGCCGGUGCUGCUGCCGGUGGGGCUGCCGGCGAGGCUGUGACGUCCACGGGGCAGAGCGGGAGGGAGAGGAGCACGGUGCAUGGGGGGAACGGCGCGGAAGGGCGCUGGCUCGCGGCGGAAAGGAGCAGCGCGGAGAAUAGCGAAGGGAAGGGGAGCGAAGGGGCAGUACAGCGGGGGGCGUUGGUGGUGGCGGACGGAAGGGCGGGGGAGAAGGGCGGUGCGGAGGGGGAGGGAAGAGGCGUGAGGGAGGGCGGGGAAGAUGGAGGAGGGCGCGCAGCGUCUGAACAGGAGUGCGGGGGGAGGAGAGAAGGGGCAGCAGUAGCAGUGGGGACGAAAGGAGUCGGUGGGGAGCAAAGGGGCAACGGGGAGGCGGUGUAUGAAGCGGUCUUUGGGGAGGGUGCGAGUGGAGUGGGUGUAGGGAGGGUUGAAACAACACGUGCAACAGCACAGGUGGCAUGUGCGGAGGGCGAGCGGGGGGGGGCGGCGUGGCAGGGACAGGCCAGUGCAUGCAGAGACGAGGCUGGGUGGGGAAGCGGGGGGGGAAUGGGAGGGGAAGCGGGUGUGGAAUUGGCAGCAUCGCAUGUGCACGCACAUGCGCAUGCGGCGGCGUCUGUUGCUCGGCUGAUGCUGAUGCGGGAGCUGCAGCAGCUGAGCGACGAGGACGAGGACGAGGAGGAGGGCGAGGAUGCAGGGAGCGAGGAGCAGGCGAAGGCAGGCGACGGGAGGGUUGAUGGGGGGAGGAGAACAGGCGUGGCAGCAGCAGGUGCGGGAGGGGCUGGCGAGGGGGAUGGCAUCGGCAGCAGGGCGGGGAGGAGCCGUGUGAUGCCGCGCAGCAAGAGCAUGGUCACUGGCCCUCUUGCUUCCCGUGCUCCCAAUGAUACCUCUGCCUCUGCUGCUGCUGCUGCUGCUGCUGCUGCUGCGGGCAAGUUGGGGCGGCGAGUGGUGGCGAGCCGGGCGACAUCCCUGGACACGUUUGAGAACUGGCCCGCACACAGGACACGCGGGGUGAGCGGGGUGAGAGGGGCUGACAGAGCGUUUCGGCCCAACAGAGCGACCUCUCACCUCCAUCGCCCGCCCACCACUUCCCCCUCGCCUCACCCUCCUCCCGCCUCCACAACCUCCUCCAACCUGCCUGCCACGUCAGCAACUUCUGCCCAAGUGGAUGCCACGUCGGCAUCCUCUCUUCAGCGACAGGAGAGCGCAGCAGCACCCUCCAGCAACGGGCAGCAGAUGCCGGGACCGCAUCCAACGCAGCGAUGCUUGCAGCCAUCAGGCACAGCCAGUGGCAGCAUGCCAUGUGGCAGAGGGGAGGGUGAAGGGGCAAGGGGGCCAGGACAUGCGGUGAGAGCACAGUCAAUGAGGGAGAGGGUAGGCGGGGGGAGAGAUGGGGGAGAGGAGGGGGAGGGGGCAGAGAGGGGAGAUGAGGCAGGUUUGAGUCACGCAGCGCACUACGCAAGGUCAAAGAGUGACAAGUCGUGGGAGGGAGUGCGGGCAGCAGAGCAUGGAGCAGAGCAGCACUGGCUGCUGGGGCCGUGUGCACCCAUUGCGGAGGCGCCACACGAGUCAUCGCCAUGCCGCCAUGCCCCUGCGGCUGCCCAGGGCGGUGCGUGUACAGAGUGCAGCAUGGCCGGCAGUGGCAGCGGCAGUGAGCGCGGUGCGGGAGGGCAUGGUGUGCUGUCAGCGAAAGGCGGUGGCACUGCUGGUGGUGCCGGGCUGGGACAUGGGCAUGAGAAUGGACAUGCGGGCGAAUGCAUAUCCGCGCUCUCUGCAGAGACAGAGUGUUCACACGGGUGGCAGGCCAAGGAGAACAUAGUUUUGGGUCCGAUGGGGAGGGUGGAGGAGAGGGAUGGAGAGGGGUCAUGUGUCAUGUCAUGUGGUGCUUGCGAGGGUGGCACUGGCGAUGCAUGCACAUGCCCAUGCACAUGCGCAUGUGACGACGCGGCGAGUGUGAGUGGCAGCUGCAGCGCGUGCAGCCAGGGCAGCGAUCCGCGGCACAGGAGCACGGGCAGCAGGAGCAGCGUGCUGUCUGGGAUCACGACCGACACAUGGGGCACUGCCAGCACCAUCAGUGCGGGUGGCAGCUCGCGAAGCAUGUGCAGUGAGAGGAGUGGGGGAGGGAUGGGGGAAGGAACGGGGGGAGGAGGAGGGGAUGGGUGGUUUGGAAGCAAGGCUGGAAAGGGGGGCCCGGUGGCGGUGGUGGUGGGAGCGGGAGUGGCGGGGACGCGCAUGAGCAUGGUGAGAGCGCUGAGCCGCAGUGUGAAUGUGAACCUGCGCUUGCCCUCGCAGCAUGCUCCCCACCGCUCACACGCCGACUCUUCCACCAAGCACAGCCACGCAGCACCCAACGGUGGUGCUGCUGAUAGCACGAGGGCCAGUAGCAGUAGCAGGGCGGGUGGCGAGAGAGGCAUGCCCGCCCUCUCUCUUCCACAGAUCCGUCCUUCCUCCUUCCUCUUCCCCUCACGCUCUCGCACCUCCCCUGCUGCUGCUCGCUCAGCUCUGCACUCCUGCGCCCAUCCUUCUGACGCCGCUCCCACACGAAACCUGCGCCUCUCGUCCGCACACCCACCCUGUCGCCUCUUCUCCCCCGAAGAUCUCACUGCCGCCACACUCUCCUUCCACCCCGACCGCCUGCUGGGGCAGGGCGCGUACGGCCCUGUGUACCGUGGGGAACUGGACGACGGGGUUGCUGUGGCUGUCAAACGCAUGAAGGCCCGCGCUGCAGCGGGAGCAGCGGGAGGUGGGGGGGCAGGUGAGCAGCAGAGGGAGGAGCGGCGGGGAGGAGGGGGCAUGGUGUGGGAGGCGGAGGGGGAGGAGGAGAGCAGUGGCGUGGAGAGCUUUGAGAGGGAGGUGGAGGUGCUGAGCCGUGUGAAGCAUGAGCACAUCGUGCAGCUCAUCGGCUGCUGCCCUGACGACUGCUCCCUCGUCUACGAGUACAUGGCUGGGGGCAGCCUGCAGCAGAGACUAGAACAGCAAGCACUCGCCCACCGUGUGCGCAUUGCACAUGAGAUUGCAUCUGCCCUGCUGUACCUGCACCGCAGCCAGCCGCCCAUGAUCCACCGGGACCUCAAGCCCGACAACAUUCUGCUCUCUGCACACGACUGCAGCAAGAUUGCCGAUGUGGGCAUCGCAUGUGCACUCGCCAACCCCUUUGCCACGUCCGUCAAGACCCACCGCGUGCGCGGCACUGUGGGGUUCAUUGCCCCGGAAGCCAUUGCUUCGUUCGAGCUCUCCCCUCGCUCCGAUGUCUACUCCUUGGGCAUCGUCCUCCUCAUGCUGCUCACCGGCUUCACCUCCUCUCGCUCUGUCCAUGACAUUCUCGCGCAAGCCACGCCGCCCGGCCGCCCUCGGGACGUGGAAGUUGCUGUGGCACUGUUCACUGCCAGGCUGGAUAAGAGGGCAGGGCGGUGGGAUGCGGGGCUCGCACGGAGAGUGGUGCGAGUGGGAGUGCGGUGUGUGGAGAGGUGUGCUGAGAUGAGACCUGACCUAGAGGAGGAGGUGGAGCCGGAACUUGAGGAGGUGGAGAGGGAGGCGGUCAGGCAGGCUGAUGAAAUGAGCAAUGCGGAGAUUGGUGGUGGUAGGUAG